GGUGUAAUUUUUCCCUCUUUCCUCAGACUGGCGAAUUAUACUCUUUGGUAGAGCUGAUCUGAUGCAGAGAUUGAGCAUUCUACCUAUUUUGGACGAUCUUCUUGACAGACGUAUCCUCAAUAAUGAAGAAUAUGAGCAAAUCAGAGCUCUGCCUACCACUAAGGAAAAGAUGAUGCUGCUCAUCGAUAUUUGCUCAACAAAAAGUUCAGCUGACGAUGACAUCAAAAGACUCCUUGAGGAACAUCAGCCAUACCUAAUGGCUGAUAUCAAACAUGGAAGGAAGUACAACAACAUCAUAGAUACACUAGAAACCAUGGCAGUUAAGAGGCUGCUUUUUGAAACACUGAAUGAUUUGAGUUCAGAGGAGCUACACAAAUUCAUGUCAGUCAUUGAAGCGGAGAAAGGUUUCCCUGUCAAAUCAAGGAGACAUCUGAAAGCAGACAUGCAUACCAUGGUGAGGCUGAUGGUGGAGACGUUCAACCUGGAGUGUGUGGAGUUGACCAAAAAUGUUUUAAAGAAGAUGAACAGGUCUGAUCUGGUGCAGAAAUGGUUAAACAUCAUCCCAGGAUCCAAAGAGAAACGGCGACCUCCACUGAUCCACAGAGUGAAGACGAUGGCUUCUGUGCAGGAGCUGCUUUUAGAAACACUGAAUGAUUUGAGUGAUGAGGAGCUCAAGACAUUCAAGGAAGUCCUGGAGUUUAAUGUCGCCCAGAAGUUCCUCCCAGACAUCUCAUCAAUGUUGAGACUCACAGCUGACAGAGCAGAAAUAGUGGAUCUGAUGGUGCAGACCUACAGCCGCCAGUCUGUCGAGUUAACCGGGGAGGUCGCAGAGAAAAUGAACUGGACUGAAAUAUUGCAGAGGUUGUCAAAGCACAGCUCAGGACUCAAAGGGCCUUCAGGAAACUUAGAGCUUGAGGGAAGUGGAAGCGUUACGGUGGAAACGAUGGCGUCUGCUGUCGAGCUGCUUUUGGAAACACUGGCUGCUCUGAGUGAUGAGGAGCUUAAGAAGUUCAAGCAUGUCCUUCGCAAUCAUAUUCACUCCAACAGACGCUUCCUGGACAUCCCACUGAUGCUGCUGGAGACGACAGACAGGCAGGACACAGUGUUUUCAAUGGUGCUGACCUGGGGACAACAGUCUGUGGAGGCUGCCAACGAGGUUUUGAAGAAGCUGGAGAGGACUGACCUGGUGCAGAAGUUGUCAGACAGCAGCAUGGAACCCAACACUGAACGCCGAGCUGCACUGAUCCAGAGAGUUGCAACAGUGGCUGCUGUUAAACAGCUGCUUUUGGAAACUCUGAAUGAUUUGAGCGACGAGGAAUUCAAGAGGUUCCUGGAGUUGAUUGUCUCCCAGAAGGACCUCCCAGACAUCUUCAGGAUGUUGAGACAAACAGACAGAGCUGACACUGUGGAUCUGAUGGUGCAGACCUGCGGCCAGCUGUCUGUUGACUUAAGCAUGAAGAUUUUCAUAGAUAUGAAGAGGAUGGACCUGAUGCAGAGGUUGUCAGGACUCAAAGAGAAACACUCUGUGGAUGAACAUCGACCUGAGCUGUUGGAGAGAGUGAGUCUGAAUUCACACACCACAGUUCUCAGUCAAAACAUGCAGGCAGAAGUGCCGGCAGCUGUGAAACAAUUUAUUUUGGAAACACUGAAAGAUUUGAGUAACGAGGAGCUAAAGAAAUUUAAGUGGUUGCUGCAGUUGACGUACUUUCAGAAGGGGCUUCCGCACAUCCAAUGGAGACGACUGGACUGGGCAGAUAGUGCGGGCGCACUGGUGGAUCUGAUGGUGGAGAACCAGCAGCUGGUGGAGGUGACCAAAGAGGUUUUCACGGACAUGAACAGGCCUGAUCUGCUAGAGAGGCUGUCAGAGACCAGCUCAGGACUCAAAGAGAAACACCCUCCUGAAGUGCUCCAGAAAGAAGUAACAAUGACAUCAAUAAUGGAGAGGCUUUUGGAAACAAUUGAAGUUUUAAAUUACGGGGAGCUCCAGCAAUUCAAGCGGCUCCUGCAGCACACUGAUAUGGAGACAAACGUCUCAAAAGUCUCAAGAUACCAACUGGAGACAGCAGAGAGAGGUGAAGUAGCAGAGCUGAUGGUGGAUGCCUACGGCCAGCAGUCUGUGGAGGUGACCAGGGAGGUUUUAGAGAAGAUGAACAGGAGAGAUCUGGUGCAGAGGUUCUCUGAAAUCAGCUUAGGAUCUGAAGGGCCUUCAGGAAGCUUGGAGCAUGAGAGUUGUGGCAGCAUGAUGCAGGUCUCCAGUGACUGGACUAAACUCGACCCUGAAGUGAACAGUACAGGCGAUUCUCCAAUUUACAGCCUACAGUCUGAAGCAGGAAACUUUGAAUGCAGCGUCUCUGGUUUGCGCUGGGAAUGUAAGGAAAAGGUCAGCUUGAAGUACCAGUUUUGCUCCUUGAAGUAUCACAUGGAGAGGAUUGAAAGCACCAAAUACAUGCCUGCAGGGCCCCUUAUGGGCAUCUCAGUCAUUGCUGGGAAGUUAGAUGUUGUGUACCUGCCUCACUGGAUUUGUGUCGAUGAUCCUACACUGUUAGACAAGUUUGCAGCACUGCACAUAGAUGACUGUGGAGUUACUGUGGAAGAAGUGUCUGAGGUCACAUCGUCCCAUGUCAAGCUGCGUGAGCCAACUUUCUCUUUAAUCAUCGCCGUGCUGCAAUGGCUCGGCAUUUGGACAGUGGAGAUAUACUGUAGGGUGGUCAUAUACUAUAAAACUGGCACAUCGUCCCUGGAGCUCCAUGUUUACCUGAUCCCACCUGAUCCGGCUCUGAUAGAGGAAAUAGACCAGAUAGAAUUAUCUGAAGGAUACAAAAGAAUCAGAAAGCCACAUCCAACGAUGCCCCUGAAGAUGAAUGGACUUUUCAUCCUUAAAGCACAGCUGGAUGAAGAAGAAAUUACUGCUGAAGAAUUAAGGCUCAGACAUGAAAGCAUAGAGCCAAAUUACGCAGAAGUGUAUAUUGGAAAUCAUCAAGAGAGAAAUGUUGAGCUCAAGCUCACACAAGAAAAAAGGGAGCAACCAGUCUGGACCUGUGUUCUUCGAAAUGAACAAUACCAAAGCACCAGUCAUACAGAAGAGGUACACUCUUUGGAUGAACACCGGUCUGCACUGAUGCAGGAAGCAAAGGCUAAAGAGAGGCUUUUGGAAAUACUGAAACGUUUGAGCGAUAAACAGUUCAAAGACUUCAAAUGGCACCUGGAGAACCUCAAAGACAUCACCGCGAGUGAACUGGAGAACAAGGAAAAGGGUGAAGUUGUGAAUAAGAUCUGGCAGACCUACACCCAUAGAUCUGUGGAGGUAACCAAGACCAUUUUAGAGAAAAUCCCCAGGAAUGAUCUGGUGCAGAUGUUGUCAGGACCCAGCUCAUGAUCCAAAGAGCAAAUCUGUGAAUGAACACUCGUCUGCAUGGAUCCACAAAAUGAACAUCUUGCUGACCUGACACAGCACAGCACAACACAUGCUGGUUGAAAAUCAUCCUCAACUUGAACUGAUAAACUGUGAUACAAACCAAAAACUGAUUCUGGAUUCAGGUUUUCUUCUUUUGGCAACAAUACUUAAAAAUGUUUGUCAAUACUUUAAAAA